AUGUCUGACUCUGGUAACGAUGCUGGCGCUUCCGCCUCCCCUGGUGUCGGCCUCGCAUUCACCGAGCGCGAGAUGCAGAUGCUGGCCUGGGCCAUGCAAUCUCUCAAGUCUGGUCCGCCUGACGUCGACUAUGCGAAGCUGGCCAACUAUGCUGGCAUGACCAACCCUCGCUCAGCCGGCAACGCCUGGACCAAGAUUCGCAACAAGCUGAACUCGGCCACCGGCGACGGUACCGCUCUCACUACUCCUAAGAAGGCGCCGCAGAAGAAGAAGGCUGCCGCCGAGAAGGCCGAUGAGGCUGAUGGUGACGCAGCUGGCAACGACGCGACUCCCAAGAAGAGCACCCCUCGCAAGCGUACGCCCAAGAAGCAGGAGGUCGACGGUGAGGCGGCGUCCCCCAAGAAGCGCGGUCGCCCGACUGGAGCCAAGAACAAGAAGGCCACCGACGACGCGGAGUCUACUCCUGUCAAGACCGAAGCCGCCGAUGAGAAGGUUGACGAGAUGAUGGAGGACGCCGACGCCGAGGCUGACCUCAAGCCCGAGGCUGCCGCCGCGACCAACGGCGAGGCUGCUCAGGAGGAGAUCUAG